GGUGGUGAAGGCUGUGGCGGCGGCGUUCAGUGCCAUCGUUGGUGGUGGAGAGUGGUGAGUGUGGUGGAUGGUGGCAGUGGCCGGGCGGGGCUCCCCUGCACCACACCCCGCCAGUGGCCAUGGAAGGCCGAGUCUUUAACAUGAGGCGCCCUGGGUCCUUAAGGGCGAGAAAGGCUUGGUCCACCUCCAGUGAGGAGGAAGUGAGCGGGAUGCCACAGUGGGCGAGCCGCGGUUGGCACAGCACGCCCAGCACGCCUGGCUCCUCCAGGGUGGGGCAGGACAAGCCGUUGUUGAAGGCUGCUCUCCUGAAGAAAGCCGUGAGACAGGGUACGGUGGCGUUGCCUCUCAGCCAGGAAGACUCUGAUCUCCUGGUGAACUUCCCGACCUUUCACAGCAUCUCCGUGGCUUCGGGCAGCCCUGUGUCCAGCCCCGUGGCCAGCCGCCGCCGCUGCUCUAGCGAAACCGGCUUGGCUUCAUCUCGUCACCCAAUUCACUUCACCACCACCAGUGACUCGGAGGAGGAGGAGCAGGAGGAGGAAGCCCACCACGCCCCUCCCGAAGGUUGGGGCUUAGGUGCUGACUUGGCCUCAGGACAAGAGGGCUGCUCUCAGAAUGAUGGAGGCGCGAGCAGCGCGACAGAGUGGUCUUGGAGUCCUCAUCCUCACUCUCCGCCACCCUCUCCGCCGGAACCUCCGCAGGAAGACGUUGAAGCAGCGCUAACAAAGGCCUUGGAUGGGGGAGACGGUGAGCGCGGGAGACAUUGGAGACACACGACUAAUGCACGUGAAGAGCGAGGCUUGAUGAGAAGUGUUGAGAACCCCGCCGAGGAUGACAGUUCCGAGGACUGGACGAUGCCAAGCAGUGACACAGCCGGUACGGGCAGUGCCGCCAACGGGACGGGCGGUGCUACCUCGGCCACUGGCGGGGAGGAGGGAUCUGCUGCCAGGCGGAGGAGGAAGAGGAAGAGGAGAAAAAGAUUGAGCGUGAGGAACAAAAACAGAAGGGGGAGUGUUGGCCUCGGGAAGAGACACGCUGCAGGCCUCAACAGCGGCGUAGCCAGUCGCGAUAUGAGUUCUUGGCGACGCAAAGACGGGAAGACUGGAACACCUAAUCACUCUGACACGAGUACCAGAAUACUGCUCGACCUCAUCCAGGAGCUGGAGUCGGACAUUUUGCUGGAAGAGAGCGUGGAGGGCAGCGGUGGGGCGGGCUUGGGUGAGUCGGGGCUGGUGACCGCCGCAGGUGUGUGCCUUAACGUGGCCCGCCGCCCGAGGCCUAGGGCGAGGAGUGGCGGGGAGGCUGGCAGGUGCACAGGUGCCAUCUCAUCGGGCCUGCUGGCUGAGUUGACUCAGGUGCUGGACCGCCGGCUACGGGAGCGACAACGCGACCAUCCGCUGCCCGCGGCACCCCAGCCAGGCCUGGCCUUUUGGAGUUUGAUCUCAUCGACCUGCCCAAGCAGUCCGCUCCAGGAUCCGCGCUUCCGGGAGCUGCUCCCAUGCCUCCGCCCGCACCCCAGCCUCUACCCUUUCGCCCUCGACCUGGCCUCUCCAGAUCCGGAGGGGGAGCUGAUGGAGUCCUCUGUCGUCUUGCAGGACCUUGCUGAAGGAUACGCCAGGCAGGGACAAGAGGCGACCCUGCCGCUGUGGUUACAGCAAACACUUGACCUCCUGCCAUCAGGAACAACCUAUGGCGGGAUGGACUCGAGCACGUGCCUGGAGCUGGCCCUGGAGGGGGAGCGGCUGUGCAAGGCUGGGGACUGCAGGGCUGGCGUGGCGUUCUUCGAGGCGGCCAUCCAGACGGGCACCGAUGACCUUCGCACGCUGUCGGCCAUCUACUCCCAGCUGGGCAACGCUUACUUUUACCUCGGGGAGUACGACAAGGCCAUGGACUACCACAAGCUGGAUUUGACUGUGGCAAGAACUAUGGGGGACCGGCUGGGUGUGGCCAAAGCGUCAGGAAACUUGGGCAAUACUCUGAAGGUGAUGGGGAAGUUCAAGGAGGCCAUCUGCUGCUGUGAACGCCACCUGUCCAUAUCUCAGGAGCUGGAGGACAAGGUUGGAGAGGGCCGGGCACUAUACAACCUGGGCAAUGUGUACCACGCGCAGGGGAAGCACCUCGGCCGCAUUGGACCCCAAGAGCCGGGCGGGUUCAGUGACGAGGUGAAGCAUUGCCUGCAGAAAGCUGUUGAGUAUUAUGCAGCUAAUUUGCGCCUGAUGGAGGAGCUGAAUGACCGGUCUGCCCAAGGACGAGCAUGUGGCAAUCUUGGCAACACACAUUACUUGCUAGGGAACUUCACCCAGGCAAUCAGCUACCACAGUGAGCGGUUAGCCAUAGCCAAGGAGUUUGGAGACAAGGCUGCCGAGAGGAGAGCACACAGCAACCUUGGAAAUGCCCACAUUUUUUUGGGCAAGUUUGAAACGGCUGCUGAUCACUACAAGAAAACACUCCACCUGGCACAGGAGCUUGGUGACCGUGCUGUGGAGGCCCAAGCGUGCUACUCCCUCGGCAACACGUACACUCUGCUGCGGGACUUUGCCAUGGCCAUCCAGUACCACCUCCGUCACUUAGCCAUUGCCGAAGAGCUCAAGGACAAGGUCGGGGAAGGUCGGGCCUGCUGGAGUUUAGGAAAUGCUUACUCUGCCACCAACAAUAAUGAGAAGGCUUUGCACUAUGCCACCAGACACCUUGAGAUCUCCAAAGAGAUUGGCGACAAGACUGGCCAGGCUGCUGCCCAGAUGAACCUGAGUGACAUCCGCAAGGUGCUGGGUCUUCCCCCGGCGCCGUUUGAUCAGGAUUCAGCAGAGGACAACAAGGCAAGGACAAGGAGGAAGUCUAUGGAAAAUAUGGACCUCCUGAAGAUGACCCCCGAUGCCAAGGGUGUCCUUCGGAAAUACCAAAGCGAGGAUGCUGGCAUUGGCUCUCACUCUUCGGAGGAUGCCCGCCACCCUGUUAACGGCCCCACAUCCUACACCUCUAGUUCUCAUGCUGAUAAAAAUAAAUCCAUCAAUGAGGAAUCCAGCAUGGACGACGACAGCUUCUUCGAGUUGCUGUCCAGGUUCCAGAGCAAGCGGAUGGACGACCAGCGCUGUACUCUGUCCAUCGAUGGGAACAAGGAGAACCAUCCUAAUCAACAGCAGAAGUCUGACAGGCCAGCAGCUCCACCCGCCAGUGCCACCACCCAGACCAGAGAUCACGGUGGCUCCCUUUCCUCCACCGGCUCCACCAAUGGCACUACCACACCCUCAGACAGCGGUGCCAAUAACUGUGGUGUACUGGAGGAACUGAUGGAGAGCAUUGCUGGGAUGCAGAGUCGCCGGAUGGAUGAGCAGAGAGCCUCCCUCCCUCAGCUGCCCGGCCUCAACAACCAGCAAGUCAUACUCCAACGACUCUCUGUGGCAGCGAGUGAUUCAACACCCUUGCCAGAUGAUAACUUCUUUGACAUGCUGAUGCGAUGUCAGGGUUCCCGCAUCGAGGACCAGAGAAGCUCCCUGCCCAAUGAGAGCUCCCUCACCCACUCCGCCCCUACCGUCCCAGAUGAUGACUUCUUCUCCCUCAUCAUGCGCUUCCAGUCUGGGCGCCUUGAGGACCAGCGCUCCACCAUGCCCCUUGAGGCUGCCAGUAGGAGCGCCAGCAAUCACCGCACCACCACAGAUGAAGAGGAGCCACCACCGCCGGCAGCCUCCACCCAGCCAUCCAACACUUCCAAGGAUGGUCUGGUGAGCCGGCUGGUGAAGGGAAGGAAGUGAGCCUGUUUGUUAAGAAAGAUGUUUAUUGAUCUUAUUUUUUUAACUCACACCCUCAGAUAUGCCAUGGUUGGUGUUGUUGGGAGAUCUUCUAAGAGAAGUAUUUGGAAAUGCUUUUACAGUGCAUAAUCUAAAAGGCUAUUAUUUUUAUCUCCACCCACCCACCCCAUGUUUACUCAAUCAGUUAUGAUAUUGAAAGAGGGUCACAUCUUUUAUACUCAGUUCAGAUCAGGAAGUUGCCUUGAUAGAGUGCUUAACUCUCUAAAAUUAAAAGAUAAAUUGUCUCUUAAAACAACCUGCCAUGGAAAUCAUGUGACACCUCACUGGGAUUAUGGGAUCAGGACCCACUCUCAUUUGGGUCUUGGUAGAGUUACUGGGAUUUAUUAGAGUUCCUACUUCCCUGCUUUGAGUGUUUUUGGGAAGUCCCUCUGGCAUGGGGCUUUUCACGUACACUGGAGAGAGCAACGGGAAGGAAGUGUGGACCUUAGUCAGGGGAGGGUGGAGUGCUGAGCCAGACAAAGUGUUAGAUGUAAUUGAAUGCUCCUUCAGGGAGAUAUUUUGAAAACUUGAUUUAUUUAGACACAAUUAUUAUUCUCAGUACUGUGUAUAGAAUCUUAAGAUUUUUCAUAUUACUUUUAUAUUUUUGUGGAAGAAAUAUUACAGAGAAUAUUAUGUACAUUAGUUGUAUAUUGUGUAUAAAGUGGUAUGUACUCUAAGUGUGGGUCACUGAACAGAAUGUGUCGGGAAUGAUACGCACUCUCCAAGGACUCUACAAUUUCAGUACCCAAGCUGGAAAAUCAUCCACAGUAAUGAUUAUAAGAAAAAAAGAUUAGAACAGUGAACAACUUUUUUUUUUUUUUUUUUUUUUUUUUUUUUUUUCUGGUCUGACAAACUGAUGUGACAGCAAAUAAAAUGCUCUUUAAAGGAAGGCAUUCAGAGCAGCAAACAGGAGGGGGAAGGAGAAGGCAGUCUCUGUGGCCAUGUACAGUAGUGUUACAAUAAUCUUCAGUACCAUAUCAAGAGGACUGAAAGUGCUUCACAGACCCACGUGUCCCCAAACAGCUCCUGCUCCUUCCGCCCUCUCCCAUGUAUGGCUGGAUAUAAGGAGACUGAUCAAAGGGACAACCUAAGCUUGUGCAGUCUCUCAGUGCCCCAUCAUAUCUAUGUACAUGUGCUUUCUUUGUCCUAACUGUAUGCAUGCCACUGAUUGCUCCUGUGCUUGCUGUCAUGUCCUCACCAACUGAGUGAGUGGCUGCCCCUACGCUUCUCAACUGACCAACUUUCCCUUCUUUGUGUGUACGUGCCAGUUUUCACCUUCACAGCAGGGUGUCGUCUGUGUGCCCAAAGCAUCCCUUCCUCAGGUGCAAACACUCCGACCACAUUUUCCUUGUCUUGAGUGUGUUCAGCAACUGCUUCUUCUGACAUUUGUUCAUCCUGAUUCCCUGUGAAUAUUAUGAGUAUUAUUGGCACACUGCCUCAAACAUAUAAUGCUAGUACUAUUUGAAUCAGCUCAUUAUCCAGGUAAUCCACUAUGUACACAAUUUUAUGAAUGUUAAUGGAUGGAUUAUGGUCGGGUUUACCUCCUGUUGCUGGUAGGCCUUGGUCUAAUAUUGGACUGGAGGAUGUGAGCAAUGCUACAGUACAUAAGUUCACCAUUGACAGGAAAAACAGGCUGUGAUUGUAAUUAAGAACAGUAAAAAGAGUAAAUAAUGCCUUGAGGAGACAUGAGCUGCCUAGCCAGAAGGCAACCCAGUGACUACUGGACCCUCCAAAUGGAAAUAGUUGCCACCAGAAGAUAUAACUAAUACAGCAUAAGAGUAUUUCAAAUGACUGAUGGUAUCACCUCUGCUGUGACAAUCACAUAAGAGAUGAGUAUUUAACCUACUCUGUUUUUAUUUGUGAAAGUUGAGGUGGAGACUUUGGUAGUUUUCAAAGUUUAUCUCCAUCUGGUAAUCCCAACCACUCCUUCAUCACCCACUCACCUCUGAUGUUGGCCUCCUUCUUGUAAGGUGACCAGAUUUUCAAUGUCAUGCAUGUUCUGCUUUUCACAAAUAAUCUGUUUUAUUUGGACUUUGUGAAGAUUGUUUGAUUAUUUUGCAGUUACAUAUAAAAGUGUGUAGUAAUGAGUUCCUGUUUCAUAGUCUGUGUUAUAAGGCAAAUAAUGCAUGUAGAAUAUUAAUCUAUAUUUUCUUCACAUCUGUCCACACUUCUGACUCUUCAAACUAGCUUAUGUAUUUUUUUGCUCCUGUGUGUUCUCUUCUGUUUGAUGGACAAUGCUGUUUACCCUUUCUCUAAUUUUAUCAGGUUUUUUCAUUAACUUCCAUUUAAAUUGAGUACACCCAGCAAUGAACAGACAUCUGGGUCUUUGCUGCUCCACAACUACUCCUCUGAGAUGUCAUUAAUGUUACCUAUUGUAAAUUGUUUCACAUGCUGAUCACAUUCAUGUAAUUUCAUGGAACUCAGUCAGAUUUUUUUUUUUCUUUAUCAUUUAAAGAAGAAGAAAAAAAACAUGGGUAAAAUUUCCCAUUCCUCCAAUGCUAUUCUCUGCAGUUUCUUUUCACAGCCUACAAGAAAACAGUAACAUAUUCUGUGUAACAUUUUUAGACUGGUGAUAUUGCUAACUAGUCAGCCAGGCCAGCAGUACAACAAAACUCCAGCCAUCUCAUUUCACUUCUUUCCUCCCCAUUGAUGCAAAAGAUUUUGUCACUGCUUUGUCCAUUAUAUCGGUCCACAGUGUACAUUCCACUUUCCCAGAUACACCUUGGCUUCUUCCCACAUUAAGUGGCAUGGUUCCUUCCAUUUCUGCAUUUUCCAUUUAACAAUAAAGAAACAUCACUUGUUUCAAUCAUUGUUGUUUUAGGCUGAAUAGAAUAUCUUUAUGUGUCUUAAUCUUCAAGCAGAUCUGCUUCACCUUUGUUUUCAAGAAGUGUGUAUCCUUUACGAUACACACUUCCUGUCAGGAAAUCUGGUCACCUUACUACCCUACCCUCCCAGCAAACUACAAGAUGGUGCACUGCAUGGAAUUGUCUUUUUGAAGAAAAUACUGAGUAAUUGCUUGAUUUAUUAUUACUAAGCAUAGUUUGUAUAUAGAUAUCUCACCUGAAUAUUUACUAAAAGCUAAGUUAGGACAAGGUGUUUGGACAGUGAGGCCAAAGACAUUUAGAAAAUUAGUACUGAUAGGGUCAAAUUCUCCUUGUAGAUGGAACCUUGCAGUUGCUCCUUAGAACCUUGCAUUCUGCUUCAUAAUAUGAUCCUUUUCAAGGCAAUUAAGGUCCUGAGGUGGCCAUGUUAAGCCCUCCCCUCCUCUCCCUCUCACCCUUCACUCAGAGACAGCUAGGGCUAAUGAGUUCCCACCUGUGCUUGAAGAUGGCACUUGGUUAAUGAAAAUUUUCAAAAUGAUUUCUUGAGAACAUGAAUAAUAUUUUCGUAUUUAGACUUGAUUAGGAAUGGGAUGCCAUAGCAGAUACUUGUUCUGUAUCAAGGCAAUGGUAAUGAUUUAUAAAUAGUUCAUAAUUGAUAUUAUCCUGUUCAGAUUUUUAUCAUUCUUCAGAGCAAUUUGCAUAAUCAAUUAUUAAAAUUACCUACAUGCUUCACCAUCUUGAGUGUUUGCAUGUUAAGUAUAGUUUUAUAGCUUACUUUUCUAUGUGUGAGCCAAAGCUGUGUAGCAUGUCCAGGAGGUAACAGUGGAGAGCUGGAUGUCCUCACCAGUGCUCUCUCUUAAGGCCAAUUUGGAGUCUUCCUCUUGUGUGGCAGGCACAGCAUCCAAGCAGCUGGACACCAUAAACAGAUGUAUUAUUCUGAUGCCAAAUUCCACAGAGCUUUACCAGAGAGCCACUGACAUCAAAGAAGUGUGAUUAUGUGGAUUUUCAGCAUGAAUGUAGAGUUCUACAUAUAAUUACAUUUACCUACAAAUUAUGCACUAGUUUUAUAUCAAGAAUAUAUUUGGUCAACAUUUUUUUGCAGCGAUAAUAUACAGAUCUUCAUAUUUAUCUAAAAUCACAAUGAUGUCCUAAAGAAAUAUGUAGAAGAGUAUCUAUCUUAAGUCCUUGACUUUGCAAUAUUUGUCAUUCCUGGUGUGAAGUGUCAUCUGAUUGCCUUUACCUUCCCUGGGCACAGUUGGGCCUCACCAGUCAAUGUUUGGUAUUUCAGAGAAAAUUAUUUAUUUUCAAAUACCUUAUUUGUCAUGCAUUUUAUCUCCUUGCCUCUCCCCAUAGUUACUAUAGUCAAGCUAUUCCUCCCCUCCAGGGCACCACUGCCUGUCAGGUUGUUUCAAGUGUAUAUUAAACUUUAAGCUUCUCUUGUCUUCCACUCCCUUACUGUGUUCAUCUGGGUCAAUAUUGAUUUAGUCAAAUUCUCAAUAGCUUUUAUUGUAGCUUAACUGCUCCCAUAUAUGUGUGUGUGACUGUGUGUACCUGAGUGCAUGUGUUGAUGAGUGUGUGUGUGUGUGUGUGUGUGUGUGUGUGUGUGUGUGUGUGUGUGUGUGUGUGUGUGUGUAUGUAUAUGACCCUCAAACACAUAUCAAAGCCUCCUCCUUGAUCUCCAUUCACUGCAUAACACUCAUGACUUGUAUCUUUAUUAUUUUGCCAAGUCAACUUGCUUUUACUCAUAUAAUCUCUUAAUUACUCAGUUUUGUUACCCUGAAAUUUUCUCUUAUCAUUAACACAGUUUUCUUGCUUGUCAGCUUUAAUUGGUAUUUACCUCUCAUUCCAGUGCAUGAGUACCAUGGUAUCAUGCAGCAUCCACAUACACUACCACCCGGUCACUGGUCACUCUAAUGAUACAUUCCAGUCAAAGAUUAAUUCCUUGAGAAUUUCUUGCCCUUCAGCCCAUUGAAAUCAAACCUUUCAUAUUAGUCACAACCCUGUGUUUCACCUCAGACUAUCUGUGCUUUGCGUGUUCACUUUUGAUGCUACAUAUAUGACGUGUGCCAAAAUUAGAAGGCUAGUUCAAGUAAAAACACUAUAAGAUGGAUGCAGAAAAAUGCAUUUCUUCUUGCAUAAUAAUGUAUUGAUUUGAAGUUUAUUGUUAACUGUGGCUUUGGCAGAUAUCACCAGGCAGGAAGCACAUUUCUCUAACAAUUACAUAAUACACACACACACACACACACACACACACACACACACACACACACACACACACACACACACACACACACACACACACACACACACACACACACACACACACCACAUAUAUAUACAGAAUGAAAAGUAAGAAAUCCCAUUAGGUAAGUGUGCACAAAGUUCCAAAGAUUAGAAAAAAUCUAGUUUAAUGAAAAUAAAAAGUAAUCUCAGCAAUCUUAAUAAGGUCCAAACAUUGUAAUGAUGUAAUACAAAGUCUGCCAGUUAUGUUUUAAGCUUUUUUUUUUUUUUUUAUGGGAUCAAAUGUUUUGCUAUAGAGUACUCUAUUUUCUUUUAAUGUGUACAUGAGAUUUGUAUUAUGUUAAGGUGACAAGGUGAUAGAAUGUUCUUAUGAAACAUUUUGUCUUUGUGUUCCCAAGAUAUUGCCAGGAUGACCUGAACAUUGUAGAAUAUUUUGUAGUAUAUCAUACUACAACAUUUACUUUUUGCAGUUUCUGUAAACAGUAACAAAUAAAUUGUGAACCUAAA